GGGGAGAUCGGAAAAAGUGGGGUUAGGUUUGAGGUGUACAAUCUCGGCAAAUUCAACCAUAAUUGGAGAUGUGUCAGUGAGAGCCGUUGUCAACUGCUUUGAAUGCCAACUGGCCCAGCCCAUCAAUCAGAGAAAAACGGAGAAAAAGAGAUUUUAGGCCAAUAUUUAUUUCUUUAAGAGAAAAUGCAAUAUUCCUGAUAGAAUAAUGGCCCAGUGUCAGCCCCUGAUAACUCGGCUGAUCGCCUCGUCCGUGACAGCAGCAGCUCAAGCUGGAAAAAUAAUUCGAGAUGUCAUGAACAAGGGUGAGUUGAACAUCGUGGAGAAGGGAGAGAACGACCUGCAGACAGAAGCAGACAGAUCCGCUCAGAACUGCAUCAUCGAGUCCCUCACCAGACUAUUCCCUGGAGUGACUAUCAUCGGAGAAGAGGGCUCCUCGAGGUGUGAGGUACCUCCUCACUGGAUUGUCACGGAAAUGGAUCAGGAAGUUCUGAAUAUUAAAUUGCCAGAACACUUGGAGAAUGUCGCACCCAAAGAUGUCUGCGUCUGGGUGGAUCCCCUGGACGGAACGUCUGAGUUUACUCAGGGUUUCCUGGACCACGUGACAGUCCUCGUGGGAGUAGCGGUAGGUAAAAAAGCAGUUGGAGGGGUAAUUCAUCAACCUUACUCCAAAAAUCCUCAAACAUCGUUGAUGGGGAGGACAUUAUGGGGCAUUGAUGGGGUUGGAGUGGGUGGAUUUAGCCCAGUGCCACCUCCACAGGGCAGGAGAAUCAUCACUACCACUAGAUCACAUUCCAACAAGACCGUUCAGGAUGCCCUGGACGCCAUGAAUCCUGAUGAAAUCCUCAGAGUUGGUGGUGCUGGCCACAAAGUGGUUCUCCUCCUCGAAGGGAAGGCCCAUGCCUACGUAUUCGCCAGCCCGGGCUGCAAAAAAUGGGACACAUGUGCUCCUGAGGCCAUUCUCAGGGCUGCUGGAGGCACCCUCACUGAUCUCACUGGCGAUAUGUACCCUUACGAUUCUAAAGCAUCUCAUCCAAAUGCCAAAGGAGUCCUGGCUACUGCCCCAGGAGAAAAUCAUGCAUUCUACAUCAGCAAAAUUCCUGAAUCUGUUAAACAAGCCCUUUAGCGAAAUUUUAAUGAAAAAACAAUGUGAGGGAUUCUGUUGUCAAAUGAACCAAUGGCUGACCGUCAUCCUCUGAAAAAUGGAUCGUAACUUUUUCUACUUCUACUUUUCGUACUUUUCCUCUAAAUAUUUUUUUUUCUAAUAACAUUCAUAACAAUAAGAGAAUUCUCGUUUAUGAAUUCUAACGAAUGUUGGUAGUGAUUAUUGUCAUUUUAUGUUAUUUUUUAAUGAAAAAUAUAACUUGAAUUAAAUAAACUAUUAAUCAUCUGAGUUUAUUAAUAUCGAGCGGGAUUUUUGAAAGAAUUUGUGUAUAAAAAAUUUGUUGAUGGAUAUAGUUCUUUAAUUAACUUUAGAAAAUAAAUAUAAACUCAAGUGGCUUUCGGUUUCGCUGACUUGACUUUUUUCAAUUUCUUCAGUCCAUUUAUGUUGGAUUUGAGGAGGUUCCAAUAUGCCUGUUGAAAUUUAUUAACAUCCUUGGAAUGAAUCUGCAAAAAGAAAUCAUUGAAUUAUGAAAUUGAAAAAUGUGCAAGCACAUUUUGAAAUACACAUAAUUAAAUUUAUUUACUGAGUUAAUUUUUCGUAGUGUCCAACAUGGAAUCAUUUCGUUGAUCUAUUCUUCGUAAAAAAAUUCAUAUAGAAAAGAGAAAAUCAACAAAAGAGGUUGGAUGGCCUUUCUUUAAAUCUCAGUAAAAAAUUAAAUAUUUACGUAAUUAUACUUGUUUAAUGAAUUAAUGCUUACAACAGUAGAUAUUUUUUUCGACCGUAAUGUCGCCCUGACUAGACAGAGGUACUCGCUGGGUUUCGGUAGAGGUGGUUUACCUUCCCUGGGCACUGGUUUAUUGUGUCCAUUAUCUUGAAAGAAAAAAUAUAAUAGCCAACCCAUGAAAUCAACUAGUAAUAAAUAAAUAAUAAUAAUCGUCUCUUACAUCUUUUAAUUGUUAACAUAACGGAGCCCGACAGCCGUGACUUGUCAAACAAUUUCGUGAGUUCGCUCAGAAACUAAGAAUAAAAAUAAAACGAAUUAGUUUUCGUACAUUUUUAGGAACAAUAUCACAUCUGCAAUAGUUUAUUCAUUUUUUUACCGUAUCAUUUUCGAGCAAAACCAUUCUGUCACAGCAUAUGUCCCGUCAGACGUGGAGUUGAUGAUUGAAAAUAACAACUGAAUUAGGUUAUGUUUGCCUUCAUUGCUCCGGACUGGGAUAAAGGUACUGUCCACAACAGAAAAUUCAGAACGCAAAAUAAAUAUGAUGAACACAAAGAAAUGUGCACAUUUUUUAAGAAAUUGGAGAUUAAAAACGAUCCCCUGCCUGUAAUGUUUACUUCUGAACAACAACGAAUAAAUUAUACGUCAAGAAUAAUGUCCAUGUCCUGGAAUUGCUUAUUAAAUAAAUAAAUAACAUUUUUAGUAUCAAAAAAAUCAGAUGACAGCUUCCUAUUCCCAUUCCGUUCCCUAUAAUUUGCAUUGUGGAUCGACCUUGACCCGUCCCCACGUGCCACCUGUCCAAGAACAGUUCCAGAAGCCGACAAGACAACCGACAUAGACAAUAACUCAACAAUGGUUGAAGGUAUUAUCGUCCGAAUAUCCCGGAACAAUGAGUGUAUAUACGAAAAAUCAACUGGUGGAGUUCCCAAAACGCUGGUCAACCUCACAAGCAGCCUAAAAGAAGUCCAGAAAAAUGUCAAUGACGUCCUGACGUCCCUCGUAGACACCAAAGGUCAUGCUGGCGCUGAGAGUGAAGGAGAUGAUGAUGAUGAGGAUGACAAUCCAGAACGGGUUAACCCCAAAAAAUGUAGAUUGGGAGACUGAACGGUGGAGUUGAGAACCAGAACGAGGACGCAGACGCGGACCGGUUUCAUGGAUUAAUAAGUCAUUUAUGUCGUUCUGUAUUCGUUGAGAUAAAAUAAAGAGUUUUGAGGAAACG